AUGGGAACUAAACGACCAGCCACAGGCCCUGGGAGCAUGGCUGCUCCCAUUGAGUCCUUGAAACGAGCUAAGAUUGAAUACUCGCAAACAAAGGAUGUGACUGUUGCAGAGAGCUCGACCAUGAUUUUGAAACCCAACACUCAUUCUCGUCUAUCUUCAUUGAAAUAUCUGGUACAAGAGGUUAUGGCCGAUCCUGAGGUCGCGACGGCUAAUUUGGAGGUCGCGGAGGCUCUUUCAAGGCUAAAUGACAGUCUCAAACACCUUCCAGUAUCCUCAAACUCACCCACAAGUCGCCUGGAGGCUUCUCGGAUCCAGAAAAGCAAUCACCUGUCACCCCCUCCAGAGAAUAACGAACCUCAAUUACCUGCUCCACCGCCUAUCCUCGAUGAUCAACUGCAGAAGGCAGUCUUUACACACUCCGCGUGCAGCGGCGAUAAUAACUCAAAUUAUGACCGGCUGGAGUUUCUGGGUGAUGCCUACAUCGAACUGAUCGCAACGAGGUUGAUCUGGGAGAAAUUUCCAGGCGUACCGGCGGGUCGAAUAUCUCAGAUUCGUGAAAUGCUGGUCAAGAAUGAGACGCUUGCAGGCUUUGCGGAGGCAUAUGGCUUCGAUCGCAGGGCCUUGGUCCCAGCGAAUUACUCAGAUCAGCCUAAGCGGUGGACCAAGACCAAAGGCGAUAUCUUCGAGGCCUACGUAGCGGCCAUCAUACUUUCUCGGCCCAUGGGUGGUGGAUAUGAGCUUGCAGAACAAUGGCUGACUAGCUUGUGGGUGCCCAAGCUCAGCAGCCUAGGCCACCAGAAAGCCAGCUUGCGCUCAAAGGAGGCUCUAGCCCAGCAAAUCAUGGGCAGGGACAUCAAGCUGGAGUACCUUGAAGAACGGCCAUCGAUUCAGAAGAAAGGCACUGGUACACAAACAUUCUUCAUCGGGGUAUAUCUCACUGGUUGGGGAUGGACCAAGAGACACCUCGGUUCUGGGCAGGGUUCGAGUAAGGUCGCGGCGGGUGAUGAAGCAGCACGAAAUGCCCUCUUAAACACAUCCCUGAUUGCUGAAAUCACUGCUCAGAAAAAGAAACACCUUUCAUAG